CAAGUACCCUUCCCUUGAUCCUUUUCAUGUUUAGUUCCAAUUGUUGAGACAUUUGCAAAGGUUGUCCGAGUAAUAUUUACUUUCCAUUGUUUCAUCGAUGCAGACACACUUUGAGUAAUAUUUACUUUCCAUUGUUUCCUCGAUGCAGACACACUUUGUUAUAUGCAAGGGUCGCGAUGGAACUAUGAAUUCUAACGGCGAUGUGUUAAUUUUUCCAGACAUGAUCAGAUACAGGAAAUUAACACACUUUGAUGUCGACAAAUUCAUCAAGGAAGUGCUUGUAAAGCACGGCAAGUGGUUGCCGGGAAGCCCCAAGCCUCUUACUGGCUGGUACAUCUUUGUAUGCUGCCAUGGCAGUAGCCAUCGCCGAUGUGGUAUUUCUGGGCCAAAUGUUGUAAGAAAGUUCAAGAAAGAGAUAAAGUUGCGUGGCCUUACGGGAAAAAUAUCCGUUAGCCCAUGUUCGCAAAUCGGAGGCAAUUUAUACACGCCCGGAAAUGUUCUUAUUUUCGGACGCGAUAGCAAUAUGGAAGUCACAGGGCAUCGGUACGGUUAUGUUUUACCCGAACACGUACCUCUGUUGAUCGAUCGUCAUAUUCAGAAAGGAGAAAUCGUAAAUUUCUUAUGGAAGGGACGGAUUGGAUUUUCCGAAGAACACAAGAAAACAUCGCCGGAAUUAAGUUUCCGCAGCGCAGAACAAUGUCAUCAGGUAGACGAAGGAAAUUUCAAUUGCUGCGAGAUCACUGAAUCGCAAGAAACGAGCCUGGGUGAAAAGAACAGCUUCAAAAUGUGCGCCGUGCCUACAUGGUACGAGAGUUGGGAGCGCGAAGAUACAUUAGCCGUACUUGCUGUUAUCGGAGCUGCAAUCUCCGUCGCCCUCGCCUGUAAAUGCUACAAGUAG